AAGGGGGCUGGAAGCAGAGUGGACUCAGCAGCCAGCAGGGGAGAACAGUUAAGGCACCAGCCACUCCACAAAGAACACCAGCUCUGAGUUGCAUGAAGAUGUUCCACCAAAUUUGGGCAGCUCUGCUUUAUCUCUAUGGCAUUCUCCUUAACUCUGUCUACCAGUGCCCUGAGCACAGUCAACUGACAACUCAGGGAGUGGAUGGAAAAGAGUUCCCAGAGCCCCACCUGGGCCAGUGGUACUUUAUUGCAGGGGCAGCUCGCACCAAAGAGGAGUUGGCGACUUUUGACUCUGUCGACAACAUUGUCUUCAACAUGGCUGUGGGCUCUGCCCCGACGCAGCUCCAGCUUCGUGCUACUAUUCGCACGAAAAAUGGGUCCUGUGUGCCCCGGGAAUGGAUCUACCACCUGACCGAGGGAAGCACAGAUCUCAGAACUGAAGGCCGCCCUGACAUGAAGACCAAACUCUUCUCCAGUUCAUGCCCAGGUGGAAUCAUGCUGAAGGAGAUGGGCCAGGGUUACCAGCGCUUCCUCCUCUACAAUCGCUCACCACAUCCUCCUGAGAAGUGCGUGGAGGAAUUCCAGUCCCUGACCUCCUGCCUGGAUUUCAAGGCCUUCUUACUGACUCCUAGGAAACAAGGAGUCUGUAACCAAUCCAGUAACUGACCUGUGGCUACAUAUGUGCCCCCAGAUGGAUUCAUUGGGAGCUAAGGUAGUGGUGGGGGAGAAGAGAGCCGAAGAAUCCCUCUCAAUAGCAAUAAAGAUUAUUUUUCCAUCCUCA